AUGAAAUAUUAUGGCAAUGCAACAGCCGAGGGCGCGCAAAUACCUUUUAACUUUCUGAUGAUCAAUUGGUUGACAAACGAUUCAGAUGCAUAUCAUUAUGCAGAAACAGUGAAUACUUGGUUGAAAAAUAUGCCUGAAGGUAGAACAGCGAAUUGGGUGAUUGGUAAUCAUGAUCAAAAUCGUGUUGGUUCGCGUCUUGGCGCUGAUCGUAUUGACAUGAUGAAUAUGUUAAUUUUAACACUACCUGGUUGCAGUAUUACUUAUAAUGGUGAAGAGAUUGGCAUGACUGAUGUUUGGAUUUCGUGGAAAGAUACUGUGGAUCCCUCUGCUUGUCAUACAAAUCCAGAUACAUAUGAAAAAUUUUCGCGUGAUCCCGAACGUACACCCUUUCAAUGGAGCGACGAGAAAAAUGCUGGCUUCAGUACAGCUAAUAAAACAUGGCUACCAAUAUCGGACAUGUAUAAAGAAGUGAAUGUCAAACGAGAGCGCGGCAUGUCACUUAGCCACUUGAAUGUAUAUAAGCGGCUACAGGAGUUGCGUCAAGAACCAACGCUACGACAUGGCGACGUACUAGUAAAAGCGGUUAAUAAUGCAGUGUUGGGUGUUAAACGAACUUUAUUGAAUGAUCACACUUAUGUCACUGUGAUGAAUAUAUUUGACAAUGUGGUUAAUGUAGACUUGAGCAAUGCUUUCGAUGGUCUGCCAAAGCAAAUGGAAUAUGCCAUUAUAACUUCAAAGUCCAGUGCAAGAAUAGGAAAUUUAGUUAACAUUUCGUCAUUACGUUUAUUACCCAAAGAAGCUGUGGUAUUGCGUUCACCUACUAAAUUGACAACAACGGUUGGGUAUUACACAUAUUACUCACCAGAGGAUCAAGUGUGAAUAACAUAUGUGCUGUUAUUAGAUAUCGAUUUAUAUAUAAUUGUAGUUUUAUUAAUUUAACUAUUAAAAACAUCGCAUAAAUUAUUUAGUAUCAA